CCAUUUAGCAUCUUGACACAUAUUUGGCAUGUGUGUGUUUGCGUAUGUGGUCAGAGAGUGUGUGUGUGUUUCAGUGAGAUAGACGACUCACUCGGCAACAACAGAGAGAAAGCUGCAGCAGCUCAGACCGGAGAGAUUUGUGUCCAAAUGAAAUGGGACAACCAUAGAGAAGAAGAAACAUACACACAAGUCAUCACUGAGUCCUCCAAGAAGAUAUGUGUGUGUGUGUGUGUGUGUGUGUGUGUUGUGUGUCGUCCCAUUAUAGCUACAUGUAUGUGUGAAAAUGACUUUAUUCAAGUGUGUGCGUGUUAAAGGGCAAGUAGUAUGAGUGUGAGUGUGAGUGGGGUGUGACAGUGCUCACCAUGUCUGAGGAGGACUCGAUUAACUGCACCAUCAGCCAUGAAAUCCACCAGUACGUCUUCUCCUGUGUCUAUAUACUCGUACUAUUGGUUGGCAUCCCCUCCAACCUGUACUCUUUGUACCACGGCGCUCUGCAGCUGAAGCAGAAGAAUGAGCUGGGAGUUUAUUUAAUGAACCUCACUGUGUCUGACCUGUUAUACCUGGCAUCAUUACCACUGUGGCUGCAGUACUUCUUUCAGGAUGAUGACUGGAGUCACAGGGAGUGGUUGUGUCAGCUCUGUGGCUUCCUGCUCUACGAGAACAUCUACAUCAGCAUUGGUUUUCUGUGCUGCAUCAGCCUGGAUCGCUACCUGGCUGUGGUCCACCCUUUGAGGUUCACCUCUCUGCGAUCUAUGAGUGCAGCGUGGCUCGUUAGCGCCACCAUCUGGCUGAAGGAGAUUGCAGUUGGUGUUGUUUUCUUCCACCAUAAGGAACUGAGUAAAGACCGCAAGAACCAAUCGGUGUGCUUUGAGCACUACCCCAUGCAGCCCUGGGAGUAUCCCAUCAACUAUUACCGCUUCACUGUCGGCUUCAUGUUCCCGCUUGCUAUUCUGUCGAUCAGCUACCUGUGUGUCCUCCGUGCGGUGGGACGGAGCGUUGGUACGCAGCCGGAUCAGAAAACAAGGAUAAGGCAGUUAGUCAGUAGCACCAUCCUUAUCUUCCUCGUCUGCUUCUCACCUUACCAUGUCUUCUUGUUAGUGCGCACCCUGCUGGAGCGAGACUGCAACUUCACUGCAGGAAUAUUUAACUACUAUCACAUGUCGUUGUUGCUGACCACAUUGAACUGCGUGGCUGACCCGGCUCUCUACUGCUUUGUAAGCGAAAGUGCCCGCCGUGGCCUGUACAGAGCCAUAUUCCGGCCCAUUGCGAGGAUACUGUGCUGCUGCUGCCGCCGGGGCAACGCCAGCCCUGGCAACCCAACCACUGAUUCCCACGAGGUCGCCACUGACGAGAACAAUGGCCAUCUGACUGUGAUGCUGCUCACACACACCAGCACCAUCAACAACUUAAAAACAGACACUUUGAGCAAAAGCACAACUUUAAUCACACAGGCUAAUGAGAAAACCUUAAAUGAACCUUAAUCAAAUAUAAAUAUAGAUCUAUAUUUGCAUAAUAUAAAUGUAUUGGCAUUUUUACAGCCUCUACUUAGAACCUUUUCUGUCCUCUCCUCUCUGAUCUGUGUAAACAGCCUGCUAUUACAUCUGAUUUUCAGUGAAUAUUUGUCAUGUGACCGUUCGUCUCAGCAGAAUCAAUCAUGGCUUCACAGUGUUGCUGAGGUGCAGAAUUUAAUGUUUUUAACAGGAUCUAGUUAUUCCAAACGCUUUAUUUUUUUAUAUAUUUUUUUUGUGCAAAGUUUCAAAUAAGACUAAAGUGAGAAUUAGAAUAGAGUGAUUUUGACAGAAUUAUCACAAUUUUUAAGCUUCGUUUUGGUAAGUUUUUCAAAUGGAAACUUUCAUAACCUAUGGUCCAUCCAAAGAUUGUCUGAAAGUUCAAAUUUCAAUGAUAAUGCCCAUUUUUACGGUUUCUUUCUACGAUAAACGGUGUAUCUUUGGCAAAAUUUGAAAGAAAAUAUAUAUUAAAAUCCCGCUGGUGGGAUGGUGGACCAUACAGCAACUGCCAUAUGUGAGAGCUCAACAUGAAUGUCAUGUCUACUUUGCCACUGUAAAUGUCCUGUUUACAAUACUCUGAAUAUUGGAGCAAAAAUCAACAACAGGUACUCAUGCAUCAGGAGGACACAGUUAUUAACCUUUAUCCCCCAAACGUCAAUGACAUUUUUUCCCUCAUCUCGUCACAGUUAUGUUCUGCAGCCUUUGUCUCCCAGUACUUUUCCACUCUACCUGCUAGCCACUCUAACCUCAUCAGCCCAACCCCACUCAACCCGUGCACUCAGCUGCCCCUGAUCACCAACCACGCCAGUAUAAAGACUCCUGCCUCAAACGCACUCAAUGCCAGAUUGUUCCACGCUCUCAUGCAAGACCUUACAUCGCUUGCCAUUGGACUGCUCUACUGUUGCCCAACCUGCUUGCCUCUGACUAACCUGCUUCGUCGAUUCCCUGGUAAAUGCCUCAGCCUUCCGUCCCCGACCACAAGUUUUCCCUUUGCUCAUCCUGGUUUCUGCGCGUCUGUUCCUGUAGCUGUGUCGUGUCUUCCUGCAUUGACUAUGCUUAGUAAGUCUACCUACAGAGACUCUGAUCUGCUUUACUGGACUAGACUGAACUGUGCUGCCACUUACCUGCCUGCUGAGUAUUUGCUGCUGUUAAUAAUAAAAAUCAUUACCAAC